AUACACAGAAAAAUUAGAUCACAUUUGAUCAGAGAACAGGGAGAGGAUGAGUUUGCUGCUAAAGCGACGUUCGCGCAGCGAGACGCGAACUCAGCCAAAGCAGGAGAUGCCAUCACAACAACAACAGUCAGCAGCAGUUCCGGAGCUUCAGACAAAGAAGCUUCAAAAGGAGCUGCCGCAGAAACCUGCAGCCGAUUGUGGACUGCGACUGGGUCUCGGCAUGGGCAUGGGAAUGGGAAUGGGAAGACGCAAGACGUCCGCCGAGCUCAUCAGCGAGGCGAAACUCUUUCUGGGCGAUCUGUCCACGACAACAACGUCGGGAGCGGCGACGGCAUCGACGGCAGCCGGAGGUGGCGCUCGUCUGGUCAGCACUCGACGUCCAAUCACGCCGCGCGAACCCGGACGCGUGCUAUACGGCAAAGUUGCGCUAGCCGGACGUCCGCCCAGCGCCUUUUCUAUGCGUUAUCUGCAGAACGAAACGACGAUGCCAACGACACCGUCAUCUGCAGCGGGCGUUGAACUGAAGCUCAAGGGCAAGACGACGACGCCAACAACAGCGGCGGGAGCAGCCGGCGCUCCACGUCAGUUGCCCGCAUUGCCGGGAGCAGCGAGUACUCAGGGCACCGCGCCACCGCCCACACGCAAUGGCGCCUUGUUGGGCCAGUGCAGCACCGAGACACUCAUCGAGCUGCUCAAGCAGCAUGCGGGGCUCAAGGAUUGCAGCGCCGAGACAGUGCAGCACAUCAAUGCGAUCCUGCAGGAGCUAUACACGCGUGUGCGCAAGCAGGAGCGUCACUUCAAGCGUGCCUUCAUCCUGGGCGGUCUCUACGGCCUCGUGGAAUGCACUUCACCGCGCGUCCUGCUCGCCGUUGCACGCGUUGUCCUAGCGCUGCGUGUGACGGGCAGCAACUUGACGGGUGCCUGUAAGUUGAUCUUCAAGGUGGCGCGCCAUGAACAGCACGACGGCCUAUUCCACGAGCACGACGUACUCGAGCUGCUCAUCGAUGGCCUGGGCCAUGCGUCGCCCCUCGAUGAACCCGAGGCCUGCAUUUAUGCCUACGGCUGCAUACGUUUUCUCACCGCCAGCAGCGCACAGGAACGUGACGAUGCGCUCAAUCGCAACUGGGCCAGCGGCUUUGAGGCGCCGCUGUCCUCGCCCACCACAGCUGCGCUAACUGCAGCGGCUGCCGUGCUUAAGCCCGAGACGAAUCAGCGCAAGCUGAGCGGCCAGCAGACGCUGGUGUCGCGUCUGGCGCGUCAUGGUGCCGUCGAUCUGAUGGUCCUUCAUCUGCAAAUGCUCAACGAGGCGGGCGCCACUCGUCGCCUCAGCGGUCCCCCGCUGCACACGCUCUAUCAGCUGUCGGCGGCGUUGCGCGCUCUCGCGGAUGUCGCCAAGCAGCAGCAAAGGUUGCAGCUGCAACUGCAGCUGGCGUGUCCGCAUCUCAUACGCGCCGCCGAGGUGGCCAUGGCCGAGUUGGAGGUCCAAGCGAAUGUGGUGCGCACACUCAGCGUUCUCUCCGAGGAUGCGGACUGCUGCGAGACGCUGCAUCAGUAUGCGGCACGCAUUGGCAUGCUCCUGGGACCAUCGUGUGGCAAGCUCAACCAGACGCAGCAGAGCAGCGAGCGACUGCUGGCAGUGCUCAGUCGGCUGGGCUACAUGCUGGGCAACAUUCUGGCCAAGCACGAGACGGCGCGCAUUCAAUACUUUCACAACGAUGUGGCCAUGCAGUAUCUCCUGGACGUGCUGCAGCAGCUGAGCGAACGCAGCUCGCCGGCACAGCGUAGCGAAUCCCUCCUCGAUGCCCAGAUCAAGCUCAUCCGUGUCGUGGCCAAUAUGAGCGUCAAUGCCGAGGUUGGCGCCGGCCUGGGUAAUCUGCAUGACCUCGGUGCCGUGCUCUUGCGUCUGCUGAGGCAUGCCACCGCUGUGCUUGACGCCAGCGCCGAUGUGGAACAGCCACUGGAGCAGCUGGAGCUGUUGCAUGCCACGCUCGGUGCACUGCAUAAUCUCUGCUUCUACCAGGACAAGCCGGGACAACUGCCGGUGGCAGCGACACCAGCAGCCGGUUCGUUGCAUAGCCUCAUCGCUGAGCUGUCGACGGAGCUGGCCAAUGCCCUGGCACGAUGUCAAUCUCCGCGAGCGCUGCCCACCAAAGUGGAGAUUGCCCGUGUGCUCGGUAAUCUGACGCGUAACGAGGAGGCGCGUCGUUGCUUUUGCGCCGCCGGCGGAUUGCCGUUGAUGGUGCAACAGCUGACGCGGCAGGCGAGUGGCCAGGAUUACGAGCUGCGCACCUGUGCCAUUGGAGUGCUCGUCAAUCUGCUGGGCGAUGGCGAACAGCGUGCUCCGUUCCUCCAGCUGCGUGGUGCCGAACUGUUGGCGCUCCUGUUGCGUGGUGCCCUGGAGCAGGAGGAUUGGUUCCUCGCGAACAUUGUGUGCCAGGCGCUGUGGAAUCUCCUGAUCGAUGUGCAGUGUGCGGCCGCCUUGUGCCGCAGUGGCAACAUCCUGGACGAGGUGAGCGAGCUGCUGGCGGAUUAUCUGGAUGAGGAGCGUGUGUUGUUGGCUGGCGACGAGGAACAUGAGCAAGACCAGGAGGAGGAGGGACAUAACGAAGAGGAGGGGGAAGCAGAUCCUGAAGCGACACCGGAUGCUCUGUGGGAGGAUUUUGCGCUGGUAGCCACCGAUUUGUUAGAGCGUAUUCAAAACAACUUCGAUAAGCAGCAGCAACAGCAGCAGCAAAGACAUUUCGAUAACGAUAACGAGAACGAAGACAACGACAAUGACGUCGUGUUUAUCGAAGAAAUGUAAAACAUUCUAUUUUGGGGAAAACCCCUCGAAGAAUAUACGAAUACAUAAUAAAAAUA